AUGGCGAACCUGGUCGCCAGGGUGCUCGAGAAGCGCAUCGCCCACAUCUUCACAAACUUCCAGCCUGGCAAGAACGCAACCUCUUCCUUGCUCAAAGGUGAAGGGACGGCCAAGGACCUGGAAUUCAACAAGACCUUCAUCAACAGCUACCUCCCGCUCAACUACACGGCCGUCUCAGCCACAUGCAAGAAGAUGCAGUGGUACGUGUCUGUGAUGUCUCUGGGCAAGAGCGGGAAGGAUCCCAUCGUGGUGGUAGUGACGGGGAUAUCGAUCGUGAUCCAGCAGCUGCCAGCACAUCAGGUGCGGACAGCAUGGAAGGACAAGAAGAAGAAGCGGUCCAAGGGGAAGGAGCAGAUGCGGGUGAAGAGGAACGCCAUCAUACAAGGGAUCAAGGUGCAGGCGUCAGACUUGAGCGUCAAGAUCCAGUUCCUUAGUGACGCAGGUGGCGCAUCCUCGAUUCCUCCUGCCCCCUCGUUCGUCCAGCUGGAGAUGGGGAGCGUGCGGGUGACGAGCACAAACUCGCAGUGGCAGGAGGUCAACGACAUCAACAAGGUGUACGUGAUAAACGGGGUGACUAACGAGGCGCUGUCCUUCAAGAAGGUUGAGAUUACAGGAUGCGCGACUCGCUUCUGGCACCCGCUGUCGCAGAGAGGGCAGGGAGGAGGAGAGGCGAGGAAGCUGUUCGAGGGGUUGAGCAUACACUGCAAGUUCUCAACCAAGAGGAGGUGCCAGGACUGGAAGCUGCAGAGCUUCAAGGUUGAUCUCGAGAUCCCGCAAGUCUCGUCCUCGCUGUCUAGGAGAGACGUCAUGAUGCUCAAGGCGAUCGCUGGGGCCCUCAAGACGGUGAGCAAGGGGAAGACCGACGACCUGCACGCGCGGACGUUCUCCUCCAACUCUCUCUCGGACAUGGUGGAUGAGGCGGCGGAGGACGAGGCGGAGGACGAGGCGGUGGAGUCGCAGGAGAGCAUGGACGCUGAGAGCUUGGACUCGCUCCUCGAGUCUCAAGCUCGCUGGUCAGACAGCGACGCCAAGUGGUGCCCCUACAUCGACAACAGCAUCGAGCUCCUCGUCCGAGAGGUCCAGCUCAGCACGCACAAAGAAGAGGAAGGGAGGGGGAGGGGGAAGGGAGGGAGGAAGGAGGAGGAGGAGGAGGAGGAGGAGUUCUUGGCGCUUCUUACAGGCAUGCACAUUCGUUUCUGGCCCGCUCAGAAGUCAAAGACGUCCAUGCCCAGCAGGACUGACAACCUCCUCGAGCUCGUCGUCCGUCUCUUCACGCUGAAGCAGAGCAACGCGGAAGAGGAUAAGCUUCCUCCGCACCUCUCGCUCGUCAAGCCCUCGACGGAUCAGGAGGGGGAGGCGGCGGCUGACUCAUUUCAAGAUCUGUUCCGGACAUUCCUGACGGAGGACGUGAGCCAGCGGCUGAGCAAACAUGACCUGCUGCUUUCCUCGCCGCUGGGGGAGAAGAAGAAGAAGAAGGACAAGGUAGGGAUGAACUUCCAACUGGAGACCCGCUCCCUCUCCGUCCUCCUCCCCGUCUACAGGCAGGAGCAGGAGGACGGCGAAGUUCGUCUGCGCGUGACUGAGCUGCGGCUGGACAUCUCCGAGCUCUCUGCCAGCUUCCUCCCCAGCUCGAAGCAGGAGUGCCUCACUGCUGGGGGGCUGCAGGAGAUUCGAGCCUCCUCCUUCCCCUGGGCCCCGGGGGACAGCAGGGAAGUCUCCUCCCUCCAGGCCCUCCAGUCCACUGUGGAUGCGACCAGGAUCGAGAUGGCGAGCGUGUCGCUGAGCUGUGCGGAGGAGGAGGAGGCGUACGCGCGGGAGCUCUUGUCGAUCCAGGAGGGGAGGAUCAUCCUACUCCGCAACAGGAGGUGGAACGUGGACAGCGAGCUGCGGCCCGAUGAGAGGAGGGUGCAUGUAGAGGUCAGAAGAAGCGCGCAGGCGGAGCUCCGGUCUGAGGAUCUACUCCUCGUCCUCUCCCUGUGGGACAACUUUCGGAACAACCCGGUGGCCCGUGCGAUGAGGGAGGAGGAGGAAGAGGUGAAGCAAAUGCUGCAAGCUCUGCAGGCUGCUCACCUUGGAGCCACGUCCUACAACAACUCGAGGAAGGGGAUGCAGCUGCUGCAGGAGCCCAAGAAGAGAAAAGUCGCCCUCCUCUCCGCGAGGGUCAAUGGUCUCGCUCUUGCCGUGCUCUGCAGCUCAGGGGAAGAAUUUCGCGUCUCCUCAGGUUUCGUAGACGCCAUCGUUGAGAGCGCCUCCUCCUCCUCCUCCUCCUCCUCCUCCUCCUCUCAUCUCAAGCUCCUCUGCGAGAACUUCUACGUCUUCCUUGGCACUGGAGGUCUCAGACCCUGGAGGACAGGAGGAAGCGUGCUGUGCAGGCUGGAGAGGAGGAGGAUGAGGAAGAAGGAGGACAAGGCUUUGCUUGCUGUGCUGCAUGUGGACGGCGUGAGGUUGGAGGUGGACAGGAAGGCGAUCAAAAGCUUCAGGAAAAUGGCGAAGUCAGUGAAGGAGGAGCUGGGAAGGAGAGCAGGCAGCGCGCAGCUGAAGACCAAGGGGAGCGGUGGGAGCAAGAAGGACAAGAAGGGGGAGAGCGGUCUAUCGUCCUCCUCCUCUUCCAAGGGAGGGAAGGAAGGGAAGAUGAUGCGGGGAGUACACUUUCUCCUCCGCUUCUCGCAGAGCUCACUGGCACGGGCUCUGGCGCGGCCGUCUCCUCCUCCUCCUCCUCCUCCUCCUCCUCCUCCUUUCUGA